AUGGUUUCGUUUAUUUCAGAACAAACAAGAAGUUUUUCUGGUGGAAGGUUUGUUCUUCAAGACUUUAAUAAGCCAUGUGAAUCAUCAGAAACUGAAGCUAGGAUAGUCUGUGAGCUUGCUAAGUUUUUCCCGUUUGAUCAGAAUAAAAUGGAGAAGCAAAGAAAGAGGACAAUUUUUGGUAUAGAAAUUUUUGAAAGAGAUAACAAUUCAUCUGCUAAUCCUUUGCAGUCUGAUGCGACCAUUUCCGAGUCAUCUCCUAAUUGGGACAAAACCUCCAAUUAG